CAGACAAUCAGGAUGCUGAAGCUGUUUGGACUGCAGUGCAUAAGUCCCGGCACUUUUUUCCGCCAUCAGCGCUAUUACACUAUCCCUACCAUCGUGCAGGCCUGGAGGAAUGAGCAGAGUGGGAUCAUCAGGGAGUUGAAGGAGACUGGGGGUGGAUUGAUCCUGUCUGGUGACUGCAGAUCAGAUUCUCCUGGACACUGUGCCAAGUAUGGUAGCUACUCCUUGAUUGAGGAUCGAAUUAACAAAGUUUUGGAUGUUCAGCUUGUCCAAAGCUCAGAAGUCCCAAGCAGCUCUUGGUGUGAGCUAGAGGGUCUAAAGCGGAGUAUGCAGUUCCUGAUGGACCAAGACAUGCAAGUGUCUGCUCUGAUAACAGACAGAAAUCGGCAGGUGGCCAAGUGGGUACGUGAGAAAAUGUGUUCAGAAGGAACAAAGCAUUUCUUUGACGUCUGGCAUAUUGGGAAAAGUGUACAGAAAGCACUGGAUGCUGCUGCAAAAGAGAGGGACUGUGAGGAUCUGAAGCUGUGGAGGCCUGCCAUUAUCAACCAUCUCUAUUGGACCGCAGCUUCCACCCCUACAGGAGAUCCAGAUGAGAUGCAGGCAAAAUGGCAGAGUAUGAUAAAUCAUGUACAGGACAUACAUGAACACAGCUCUCCAGCAUUUACCAGCUGCGCACAUCCACCGUUGGAAGGAGAGGCAAGAAACAAGGAGUGGCUGGAACCAGGAUCACCAGCAGCCACUAAACUGGAGAGUGUAGCUGCCAGGAAAGCACUGGUAAAGGAUAUUCGACAAUUGUCACCUCAGCAUCAGACAUUCUCCCUGGAGGCCUACCAUUCCCUUAUUCUGCACUUUGCUCCCAAACACACUGGCUUUUCUUUUCUUGGGAUGUACAGCAGGUAGUGUUAUCACUUAAA